AUGUCGCGGCGAGGCAGUGAAGAGGACCUGCCAGGCCCCUCCAGAAACCAACCUCAACCUUCGGCAUACCCGCCUCUGAACAGCGGUCUCAUCCCUCGGGAUUACCUAGGCGCGCGAUCCGACAUGGGUGCGCGCCCUGGGCCUCCUGGUUCCCGCCAUAUUUCACCUUCGCCUUUGCACACCACGCUGCCUCAGUCGUUUCGACACGAAGACUCGCCCGUCUCUCAAAGCCCGCUCUCGCCGAGGUCCAGCGCCAACCCAUCUCCUUCCCAGAACCGGUCGCCUAUUUCGCGCCUAGCCAAUGUGCCGUUCCCUGCGCCUCCCUCGAACUCUGCCCACCCUCUCUCCCAGUCACCAGAUAUGACGAGUGUUGAUCCGGCAGCUAUCGCCGUCAGACGCGGCGAUGGAAAUAUUGCCAAACCGCCUGGCGUGGCCGAGCCCGAUCGCUCCGCGUCGUCCUCCGUCAGCUCUGUGCUGUCGGCACCCGGCGAACGUCCAACCCACCGCGUCAUGCCUCGCACCUCCUCGAUCGAUUCCGCGAUCUCUUCUCUGUCCUCUGCCUCCCAGAGAUCGACUUUUGACGCCAAUUCCUUGAGUCCGGCCGACAUUAGCAAUCUGAUAAGUGCUGCUGGCUCCCCGGAGGCUGUGAUUGUGCACCUCCUGAGGGAGAAACACCAGGCCGCCUCGCAGAAUUCACAGCUGUGGAAGUUGGUCGACAAACAACGAACUCUCAUCCUGGGUCUCAACAAGGACCUGGAUCGCACAUUUAAAGAGAAGGAGAAAUAUAAAAAGAAACUCAAAGAGCUCCAGGACGCUGCCCCUCCACUGCCAAGGGUUGAUACUUCGGUACCGCGAACAAUCUUGGCCGCGGAUAACUCCCCUGUCGACCAGGCAAACUCGGUUCCGAGUAGCGAGAGGAAGAGCGAAGAGCGAGAAAUUGAACAGCCAAGAACGGUGGUUCCACCUAUUGCGACAUCCGGGCUUCCUCCCAGAGGAAGCCCGGCAAGUCCUAGCUCAGUGGCAAGCCUUUCAUCCCCGGUCGGAGGCGAUUUACAGAAGCUUCCGCAGCCCAGUCGCAAGCCACCACCGGCGCCCCUGAACCUGCGACAAGGCGACCAUGGCCGCGAAGAAUCAGCGGAUCCUGAUUCCGAUUCCGACUACGGGGAUGUGCAGGACGCGGAUGGAAGAUUGAGCUUGGACCGUGGAAGGAGAAAGACACGUGAAGAAGAUGAUCGGGAUCGUGAGACUGUCCUACAGAAAGAGAUGGGCGCUCGCGGCUCUGUGGGUGCUGCUAAAUUCGAGAUCGAGCACAGCUCUCGGGAUGCCGCCUCUGCCAGCCCAGCGACAGUCCCUCGUGAACUAGCAACAAGAUCGCCACCCAACGUUGGCGCAGCGGGGUCCCUGGGGUCGGUCUUGAAUUCUCGCUCCAACCCUAUGGCAUCGAAUGGACGCUCUAUCGUUUCCAUGCCGAAGAGUCCCGGCUUGCCGCUGAGCCCACGGCCAGAGGACCGGCCCAUCGGCUCUCCCCUCCCCCGGAUGCCCCGAGAUAUGUCAUCUCAGGCAGGAUAUAACCUCUCGGGCAUGCCCAUCUCUCCAAGAGCUGCGAACUACCCCUCCAAUUUUGCACCUGGUGACGCUCAGAUGAUAAGUGGAAGACCUGGCGGUCCAAUCCCAUCGAUCGAUCCGGCCGUCAAGAUAGACAGCCCGAGAUCUCCCCGAUUCCCUGAUAAUACCAUCUACCAGGGACUGGUCUCAGACGAAUAUCCUGGCCUCCUGCUUCCUCCGAAUGCACUUCCGCUCAUUCAAGUUCGAGUGUCCUCUUCGCGGCUACGACCCUCCAGAAAUAGCUAUAUGGCAUCCAAACCUUUGGACGAGGAACCUGUUUUCACUUUGAGUGUCAUCUCCAGAUCCGAGAUGGCAGAACUCUGGCGAGUGGAAAAGGUCAUUGCAUCUCUGCCUCAGUUGGAUCACCAGAUACGACAAUUGGCCACUUUCGCUGGCAGACUGCCUGAUCGCAGCGUUUUCAGUGGUCAUUCCCCUGCCAAAGUUGAUGCGCGCCGCGCCGCACUAAAUGCAUACUUCGACAGUCUUCUGGAUACACCCAUGGAUGAGAAAGCAGCAUUGGUCAUUUGCUACUUCCUCACGAACGACGCCAUUGAACCUCGUGACGAUGAGACGAGCCUCCUGAAAGGUCACGGCCAAGCAAAUCUUGACAUGCCCCGAGGACCAGACGGGAAACCCAGAAAAGAAGGCUAUCUGACCAAGCGAGGCAAGAACUUUGGCGGCUGGAAAGCUCGCUACUUUGUGCUGCAAGGGCCCGAGUUGAAGUAUUUCGAGUCCCCGGGUGGACCCCAUAUGGGUACUAUCAGGCUUCAUCAUGCGCAGAUUGGCAAACAGUCCCAAAAUUCCAGCUGUCAGAGCAAUUCGCCCCCGGGCGCCGAAGAGGACUCCGAGAAUCAAUAUCGCCAUGCGUUCCUUGUCCUGGAGCCGAAGAAGAAAGAUUCAUCAGCGCUUGUCCGCCAUGUGCUUUGCGCUGAAAGUGAUGAGGAGCGUGAUAAGUGGGUCGAUGCGCUGAUGGAGUACGUGGAGCCGCCUUCUUCGGAUAGCGAGAGCCGGGGAAAUGGAUCGUCGAAGGGUCAAUCACAAGCCCAAGCCAAACAUUCAUCGACGGCUGUAUCCAAACCUAAGGGGUUCAACAGCGGAAACAAGCAAUCUGGCCGUGGGGUUGAGAGCCCUGAUCAAGAAGCAGGUGGCUCUGUCCAGGGGUUCAGCUUUGAUGAUACUGUUGCAGCUGAGCCUCCUAUUCUUGGUUCCUCUCUCGAUCAUGCACCUCGAUCUCCACGAAUCCCGGCCGCUCUGUCCACUGACUUCCGAGACUUGAAUCAAUCCGGUGUGGACCCAGGCCUGCAAUCCCCGAAGAUAAUCUCGGGGCCCACCAACGGCACAGUCAUCCAGGAUGUGGGGGCCUGGGGCAAUAAGCCAACGACCACAACCACGUCCGUUAAAGAGAAGAAGCGCAGCAUCUGGGGCUUCCGCACAAGGUCCUCCUUUGAUCUGGCUGCACAGGCCAAUGAGGCAUCCACAGGAACCAAUGCGCAAGCCGAGCGACGAGAGCCUGUCAAGCCUGUAUUUGGUAUUCCCCUGGCGGAGGCUGUACAGGAUUGCGGUCCUCAAGGUGUUGAAGCAGACCUUCCUGCUGUGGUCUACCGUUGCAUCGAAUACCUGCAUGCUAAGGACGCGGCCUUGGAAGAAGGAAUUUUCCGCCUGAGCGGCUCCAAUGUUGUGAUCAAGGCGUUGAAGGAACGGUUCAACAAUGAGGGUGAUGUUAACUUCCUGACGGGGGAUCAAUAUUACGAUGUCCACGCUGUCGCAUCUCUCUUCAAGCAGUACUUGCGCGAGCUCCCGACAACAGUGUUGACUCGAGAACUCCAUCUGGAUUUCCUUCGCGUUCUUGAACUUGAUGAUCGACAGAAGAAGGUCGUCGCUUUCAACGCACUGAUUCACCGGUUGCCAAAGCCGAACCUUUCACUCUUGCGUGCGCUGUCUCUAUUUUUGAUUGAGAUUGUCAACAAUUCGGAUGUGAACAAGAUGACCGUCCGUAACGUGGGCAUUGUCUUUGCUCCCACCCUCAACAUUCCGGCGCCUGUAUUUUCGAUGUUCCUCACCGACUUUGAUAGCAUAUUUGGCGACGCCGGCUCCCGCUCGUCCGCGGUGGAGCUGACUGUAGACCACAGUCUGUCCCCCGAUGAUGUUCGCUCUCCGCGCCACCAGAUGUUCUCGGAUAUACCGACCCCCUCCUAUAACCAGACCUCAUUCCGUGGCCCUGGAGAUGGUUCGGCCAGUCAUGUUGACAACUCCCGUGCUCCGCACGAGACAGGCUUCAUUCCAAUGCAGCCAUCUUAUGAACAAGCUGGUUACAGGAACGAAACCUACAACCAACACCCAGGAGCCUCGGGUCAAUACUCUUCCUUGAAUGGGAUGCUGAUUCCCAGCUCGGACGACACUCGUUCAGCCAAGUCGAAGAGGCGGGAGAGCUCAAUGCUCUUCAUGGAGAGCAGUAUGUGA